AUGCAGCCCAUGGAGCUUCAUAACCUGAGCUCUCCAUCUCCCUCUCUCUCCUCUUCGGUUCUCCUUCCCUCCUUCCCUCCCUCACCCUCCUCUUCUUCCUCUGCCUUUACCACUGUGGGGGUGUCCUCUAGAGAGACCUGCCACCCUACCUCUUCCCCAGUGGUGUCUGCCUUCCUGGCACCGAUCCUGGCCCUGGAGUUUGUCCUGGGCCUGGUGGGGAACAGCUUGGCCCUCUUCAUCUUCUGCGUCCACAUGCGGCCCUGGACCUCCAACACGGUGUUCUUGGUCAGCCUGGUGGCCGCUGACUUUCUCCUGAUCAGCAACCUGCCCCUCCGAGUGGACUACUACCUCCUCCAUGAGAUCUGGCGCUUUGGGGCUGCUGCCUGCAAAGUCAACCUCUUCAUGCUGUCCACCAACCGCACGGCCAGUGUCGUCUUCCUCACGGCCAUUGCACUCAACCGCUACCUGAAGGUGGUGCAGCCCCAUCACGUUCUGAGCCGGGCUUCCAUGGGGGCAGCUGCCCGGGUGGCCGGGGGACUCUGGGUGGGCAUCCUGCUCCUCAACGGGCACCUGCUCCUGAGCACCUUCUCAGGCCCCUCCUGCCUGAGCUACAGGGUGGGCACGAAGCCCUCAGCUUCGCUCCGCUGGCACCAGGCGCUGUACCUGCUGGAGUUCUUCCUGCCACUGACACUCAUCCUCUUCACCAUCGUGAGCAUUGGGCUUACCAUCCGGCGCCGUGGCCUGGGUGAGCAGGCAGGCCCACAGAGGGCCAUGCGCGUGCUGGCCAUGGUGGUGGCUGUCUACACCAUCUGCUUCCUGCCCAGCAUCAUCUUUGGCACAGCUUCCAUGGUGGCCUUCCGGCUGUCCGCCUGCCACUCCCUGGACCUCUGCUCACGGCUCUUCCACGGCUCCCUGGCCUUCACCUACCUCAACAGCGUCCUGGACCCUGUGCUCUACUGCUUCUCCAGCCCCAGCUUCCUCCACCAGAGCCGGGCCUUGCUGGGUCUGACUCGGGGGCAGCAGGACCCCGUGAGCGAUGAGAGCUCCUACCAACCCUCCAGGCGGUGGCGUCGCCAGGAGGCCUCGAGGAAGGCAGAGGCCACAGGGAAUCUGGAAGUGCAGGCCAAGGUGUCUCUGGAAAAGGAAGGCUCCUCCCAGGGCUGAGGGCCAGCUGCAGGGCUGCAGGGCUGCAGAGGUAAGGGCUGCUGUGCUCGCCUGGAGGGACAAGGCCAACACAGAAAAGGGAUGGCGGCAGACUCGGGGCCAGGCUGAAGCACUGGCCGGACUCAGGAGGGUGGCAGGGAGAGAAAGCUGCCUUGGCCUCUCAGUGUGUCCAGAAUGGUGUUCCCAGAAUGCAGGGAAGAGCAGAAUGCCAGGUGGAGACAGGCAGGGUGCUGUGGCCACGCCAGCUCAGACAGCGGCCUGCGCAGCUGCAGGGGCCAGAGGCCAAUCACUGUCACAGCAGAGUCGCCUUAGAAAUUGGACAGCUGCAUGUUCUAUGCUCUCGUUUGGCCCUUCUGAUAUUAAUAAACUUCCCUUUUAAACAUA